AAGUACCAUCAAAAUGCGCGACAAAAGUACCAAUCUCAAGAGCAUAAGAAUCCCAAACUUGCCCACCAGAAAACUCUGCUUGCAUGUCAGGGUUGUCUACAUCAUCUGCCACCAUCUCACAUCCAAAACCAAUCUGCUACCGCUACCAUGUCGUCUUCCGUCUCUGCAGACUCCAUUUGCGAUCUCGUCAUCAAUCUUUUCAAUCUGCUAGUCAACGUUCUGCUUCUUUGGCAAAGCCAGAAGAUUUUCAUGAUUUCCCGAAACCAGACAGAGCGACAAUGAUCAGAUGGACCGCCAGGUAAAUCUAUGCCAAGAGAUGUUACAGCAUUCGGUGGAUACUUGUGUUGAAAGGGAAAGCAUCGGGACGACCGAAAAUUGUGCAGUAACGAUUGGAAUCGGGUCGACGGUGACAAGAGGACUGAAGAUGUUCUGAAGGCUCGGUGGAUUCAGGUGCAGUUCAUUUGGAUUAGGUUUCCCCUCCAGCUGU